UUUGAAAUUGCAUCUCCCUCUCUCUCUCUCUCCCCCUCAACUUCUCUCUCUAAGAAAAUGGCUCCUCCCUUUGUUUUCCCCCAAAUCCUACGAGCCCUAGAAGAAGAUCCAGAAGACAAUCACCGACUCUUCGCUCAGAAUCCCGUCGACGUCACCUCUCUUCGCCCUUCCGAUCUCGAAGAGUUCGUCAAAGGUGUAUCAUUCGACCUAUCUGAUAGAGAACUCUUCUGUAUCGAAUACCAAGACGUUUUCGACCGUGUCUACUCUCUAGUCAGGAGCUUUUAUAGCCUUCCUCCGCCUUGCAAGUGUAAUCUCGUUGAAAGCCUUCGCUCUAACCUAAGCGUUCUUCUUCCCAACGUCGAUUCCAUCUCACGGUCUGCACAACAAGGUCAGGAGGAGGAGGAUGAAGUUCCGAUCAUCGAUAGGAUCACGUCUCAUCGCAAUGCCUUGAAGAUCUACACUUUCUUUCUAAUGACUAUUGUUGUGACUGAAGAGUCGCAUGUUAGCUCUGUUGACAGCACAAAGGUGGUGGGACGAGGGAGGAAGAAGCAGAUUAUUCAGUCAUGGAACUGGGAGCCUCAGAGGGGUAGGAUGCUUAAUUUGAUUGCAAACUCUCUUGAGAUCAACUUAUCCUUGCUCUUUGGAUCUUCAGAGCUAGAUGAAAACUACCUCUCUUUCGUUGUCAAAAACUCGUUCUCUCUCUUUGAGAAUGCGGCGAUCUUAAAAGACCCUGAGGCAAAAGAUGCCCUGUGCCGCAUCAUAGGAGCAUCUGCUACAAAGUACCGUUACAUAGUGCAGUCAUGUGCCUCGGUCAUGCAUUUGAUACACAAGUAUGAUUUUUCUGUUGUACACGUUGCUGAUGCAGUUGCUAGAGCUGAAACUAAGUAUUCAGAUGGUACCUUGGCGGUGACAAUCAUUAGAGAUAUUGGGAGGACUGAUCCGAAAGCCUAUGUUAAAGAUACGGUUGGGGCUGAUAAUGUGGGGCGUUUUCUGGUCGAGCUUGCUGAUCGUUUGCCAAAAGUAAUGUCUACAAAUGUUGGAGUUUUGGUUCCUCAUUUUGGUGGUGAAUCAUAUAAGAUCAGAAACGCACUAGUUGGUGUUCUCGGGAAAUUAGUUGCAAAAGCAUUUAAUGAUGUUGAGGGAGAUGUGAGUUCCAAGUCCCUUCGUCUGCGAACUAAGCAAGCUAUGUUGGAAAUUUUGCUCGAACGUUGUAGAGAUGUUUCUGCCUACACAAGGAGCCGAGUUCUUCAGGUUUGGGCUGAGUUAUGUGAAGGGCAUUCUGUUUCGAUUGGCCUAUGGAACGAGGUUGCAUCAAUAACUGCUGGAAGACUGGAAGACAAGAGUGCAAUUGUAAGAAAAUCCGCUUUAAGUUUACUGAUCACGAUGUUGCAGCAUAACCCCUUUGGGCCACAGCUUCGGAUAGCUUCAUUUGAAGCAACCCUGGAGCAGUACAAAAGGAAACUGAACGAGCUUGAACCAAACCGCCCUACUGAGGACUCAUCAAAAGAGCCAACUUCAGAUGUUGAGUCCUGUAAUGGAGAUGGUGAAAUCGAUGACUUGCAACCUGAAGUUACAAGUAAUACGCAUCUAGAUAGUCUACCUGAUAGCUGUCAGCCAGAGAAUGGAGAAGAAAUCCGUGAGAAGGAUGUUUCUGUUCCAGAUAUUGGUAACCUCGAGCAGACCAAGGCCUUGAUUGCUUCCCUUGAGUCUGGAUUGAGCUUCUCAAAGUGCAUGUCAGCUAGUAUGCCGAUCCUCGUUCAACUGAUGGCUUCAUCUUCUGCCAGUGAUGUCGAGAAUGCAAUUCUCUUGUUGAUGAGGUGUAAGCAGUUCCAAAUUGAUGGUGCAGAAGCUUGUCUCCGUAAAAUUCUGCCUCUGGCCUUUUCUCAGGAUAAGUCCAUAUAUGAGGCAGUGGAGAAUGCCUUCAUUUCAAUCUACAUUAGGAAAAAUCCAGUUGAAACGGCCAAACAGCUUCUGAACCUUGCCGUAGAUUCGAAUAUAGGAGAUCAAGCAGCGCUAGAGUUUAUUGUUAAUGCUUUAGUGUCCAAAGGUGAAAUAUCUAGCAGCACGACUUCGGCUCUGUGGGACUUCUUUUGCUUUAACAUCAAUGGGACAACUGCUGAGCAAAGUCGUGGGGCUCUAUCUAUCCUUUGCAUGGCUGCAAAGUCGUCCUCUAGGAUUCUUGGAUCGCACAUACAGGAUAUCAUUGAUAUUGGGUUUGGCCGUUGGGCAAAAGUAGAACCUCUACUUGCGAGAACGGCAUGCACUGCUAUUCAGCGGCUUUCAGAGGAAGAUAAGAAGAAGUUAUUGCUCAGCAGUGGCAGCCGAUUGUUUAGUAUUCUUGAAAGCUUGAUCACUGGUAACUGGCUUCCAGAAAACAUAUAUUAUGCUACUGCUGAUAAAGCCAUAAGUGCCAUAUACAUGAUCCACCCAACUCCAGAAGCGUUAGCUUCUACAAUUAUUAAAAAGUCCCUGAGCACUGUGUUUGACGUAGUUGGACAAGAUCAAGCACAGAAUGAUACCGACGACAAUGUCGUUGAUUUUCUGACCACAGUUCAAGUAGCAAAACUCAGUAGAUUCUUGUUUGUUGUCAGUCACAUUGCCAUGAACCAGUUGGUCUAUAUAGAAUCCUGCAUCCAGAAGAUCCGUAGACAGAAGACUAAAAAGGACAAAGCGGCUGCUGAAAAUCAGAAUACAGAAGAAAACCCUGGGGCGAUGCAAGAGAACCAUAGCAUAAAUGCUGAGCUAGGACUUGCUGCCUCUGAUGACGCACUGCUGGACACACUCGCUGAAAGAGCAGAGAGAGAGAUUGUUUCUGGUGGUUCUGGCGAGAAGAAUCUGAUUGGGGACUGUGCAAUUUUUCUCUCAAAGCUUUGCAGAAAUUUUUCUGCGCUGCAAAAGCAUCCAGAACUACAAGCUUCCGCAAUGCUUGCAUUAUGCAGGUGUAUGAUUAUUGAUGCAAGUUUCUGCGAAUCCAACCUCCAGCUUCUCUUCACAGUUGUUGAAAAUGCACCUUCUGAAGUUGUCCGGUCAAACUGCACCCUUUCCCUCGGAGACUUGGCAGUUCGUUUUCCAAAUCUUUUGGAACCUUGGACAGAAAACAUGUAUGCCAGGUUACGGGAUGCUUCAGUUUCGGUCAGGAAAAAUGCUGUCCUGGUCCUUUCACAUCUGAUAUUGAACGACAUGAUGAAGGUGAAAGGGCAUAUUAAUGAAAUGGCUAUAUGUAUUGAAGACGAUGUGGAAAGGAUCUCUAGUCUCGCAAAACUAUUUUUCCAUGAACUGUCUAAGAAAGGAUCGAAUCCCAUAUACAAUCUACUUCCUGAUAUACUUGGGCAAUUAUCCAACCGGAAUUUGAAGAGAGAGUCAUUCUGUAAUGUCAUGCAAUUCUUGAUCGGCUCCAUCAAAAAGGACAAACAGAUGGAGGCUCUGGUUGAGAAGCUUUGCAAUAGGUUUAGUGGAGUCACAGAUACAAAACAGUGGGAAUACAUUUCGUAUUCUCUUUCGUUGCUGACGUUCACAGAAAAGGGAAUCAAAAAGCUUAUCGAGUCAUUCAAGUCCUACGAGCAUGCUUUAGCAGAGGACCUAGUGACGGAAAACUUUAGAAGCAUAAUCAAUAAGGGAAAGAAGUUUGCGAAACCAGAACUUAAAGCGUGCAUUGAAGAGUUUGAGGAGAAGGUCAAUAAGUUCCACAUGGAAAAGAAAGAACAAGAAGAAACCGCAAGAAACGCUCAGGUUCAUAUAGAGAAAACCAAGAACAUGGAAUCUCUUGUUGUCCCCAGCAAAGUGAAAGACGAACCUGUAGAAGAAUAUGAUGAAGAUGAAGAUGUUUCAGACAGUGAAAUCGUGGAUCCAUCAAUGGAAGAACAAGGGGAUAGUUUGAAAGCGUCUGACACCGAGGAAGAACUAUCUAACACCGAGGAAGGGCCAUCAAUGGAAGAACAAGGGGAUAGUUUGAAAGCAUCUGACACCGAGGAAGAACUAUCUAACACCGAGGAAGGGCCAUCAAUGGAAGAACAAGGGGAUAGUUUGAAAGCAUCUGACACCGAGGAAGAACUAUCUAACACCGAGGAAGAGCCAUCUGACUCCGAGGAAGUACCAGAUUCUGAGCAAAACACCAGUGGUGGAGAAGAAGAAGAAGAAGGCGAAUCAGAAAGCAGGAACGUCAAGAAGGUAAACCGUAGAGAGUCAUCGAGCAGCAUCAGGAGAAACCUGAGGUCAGGAAGUAGAAAGUAAAGAAACCGUGUAGAGGCAGAGAGUGUCGUCAAUUUGCUCAACAUCUCGAGAGCUAACUUAUAACUAUGUCUGUUUUGCUCACUGCAUUGUUUUUUUAAUCUAUGAUGCUUAGAUAUUGAAGAAUCGACUACCAUACCUAUUCGUCUAUGGAAUCACAUAACUUUGUAUUUCUUAAA